AUGAACAAAAUGAACAAAAUGGGCAAGAUGAGGAUAAAACUUUAGAAAAAUCUUAUGAUUUAGAGUAUUCAGUGGCAUUCUAUAAUUUGCCACAUCAAAACAGAAUUCGCGAUAUAAAAACAAAUAAAAUAGGACAUCUGAUGAGUAUUUGUGGAACAGUAACUAGAACAAGUGAAGUGCGCCCAGAAUUGCUUUAUGGAAAAUUUAUAUGUCAAGAAUGUAAAGUCGAAGUACCUAAUGUAGAACAACAAUUUAAAUAUACUGAACCUACAAUGUGUCAAACACCAACCUGUUCCAAUAGAAUCGCUUGGGCUCUUAAAAUUGAUGAAUCCAAAUUCACGGAUUGGCAGCGAGUUCGAAUUCAAGAAAAUCCUAAUGAGAUACCCACCGGAAUCAUCCUUCGACAUGAAAUGGUUGAAAAGGCAAAACCUGGUAAUAGAUGUAUUUUCACAGGAACCCCACUCGUCAUCCCUGAUAUCACUCAACUCGGUGUUCCAGGUAUUGGGCAAGAAAUGCAACGGGAUGCGCGUAAUAGUCGAGCCAAGUCUGAUGGAAUAUCAAAUGGAGUAUCUGGUUUAAAAGCUCUUGGUGUUAGAGAUUUAUCUUAUAAAAUAUCAUUUCUUGCUUGUACCGUACAUAACGUUGAUUCAAGGGUUGAUGAUCUUAACACGUUAAUUGAUCCUGAUGAAAUUGAAGAAAAUUAUGAAGUAUAUCUUCAAAAAUUAAAUGAAGACGAAAGACUUGAGAUAGUUUCAAUGAGCCAAAAAGAUGACAUUUUUCAAAAUCUCAUAAGUAGCAUCUCACCAAAUAUUUUCGGGCACGAAAUUAUUAAAAAAGGAAUUUUACUUCAACUUUUGGGAGGUGUACAUAAAAAAACACCCGAAGGUAUAAAUCUCAGAGGGGACUUAAAUGUUUGUAUUGUAGGAGAUCCCAGUACUAGCAAAAGUCAAUUUCUCAAAUAUGUUUGUCAAAUGCACCCUCGUGCCAUAUUUACAUCUGGUAAAGCAUCAUCAGCUGCCGGUUUGACAGCUGCAGUUGUCAAAGAUGAAGAAUCUGGUGAUUUUACAAUUGAAGCGGGAGCUUUGAUGUUAGCGGACAAUGGUAUUUGUGCAAUAGACGAAUUUGAUAAGAUGGAUAUUUCUGAUCAAGUAGCCAUUCAUGAAGCUAUGGAACAACAAACAAUUACAAUUGCCAAGGCUGGUAUUCAUGCAUCAUUAAACGCAAGAACUUCAAUAUUGGCCGCCGCAAAUCCAAUUGGUGGUAGAUAUAAUAGAAAACUUUCUCUUAGGCAAAAUAUAGCAAUGUCUGCACCUAUUAUGUCGCGGUUUGAUCUUUUCUUUGUAGUUUUAGAUGAAUGUAAACCAAAAGUAGAUCAAAUGAUUGCUGAACAUAUUGUCGGUACACAUCGAAAGGGAGAUGAAAAUGUCAAUCCGCCAUUUUCCACAGAAUCUCUUCAAAGAUAUAUACACUUUGCAAGAACCAUUAAACCCAAAGUAUCACCGGAAUCUAAAAGAUUGUUAAUUGAAAAAUAUAAAGAACUUCGAUUAAAUGAUGCCACAGGUGCUGCUCGAAAUUCUUUUCGUAUUACUGUUCGACAGUUGGAAAGUAUGAUUCGUUUAUCUGAAGCCAUAGCAAAAGCUCAUUGUGAUCUAGAGAUCAAACCGGAAUACGUCAAUGAAGCAGCUAAAUUGAUUGAACAAUCAAUUAUUCAUGUUUGCCAUGAUGAUGUUGAUAUAGGAUACGAAGAUAAUGACGAUGAUGCGAUGGAGGUCGAAAAUGGUACAAAUUAUAGUAGACCUUCCCAUAGAAUAUCGUGGAAAAUACCGCACGAAGAAUAUGAGAGAAUAAAGGAUAAAAUUCUAAAACGUAUUUACGAAACAGAAUUUAAAUCAUGUACAGAAGAUGAUCUUGAAGUUCUGUUUAUGGAACAUCGCGAAAGUGUCAUGGAAAAUGAAGAAGAUAUUAAUAUAGAAAGGAAAAGAUUCAAAUCAUUAUUAAAUAAUUUGCUUGAGAAAUGGUUGCAAAAAGUUCCCAAAGGUUACCAACCUGAAGGAAAUGAAAUGGAAAUUGAUGAUAAUAAUGAAAUGGCAGGUGAUACAGAUAAAGCAGAUAAAGAAGGUGAAGGUGAUAACAAUGAAACAAUAAGUAAUGAAGAGUAUGGUUAUAUCAUACAUCCAAAUGUGGAUAUUAGUUAUUUAAAUGAGAAUAAUUAG